AUGAUGAGUAAAGCUCUAGAUUUUGGAGCGAGGAAAACGCGCUGGCGUGUUGUUGCAUGCGCUGCUGCGAUUGUGCUGGGUGCUUCUGGAUGGGCGCUUGCCUCUGCCAGCGUUUGCGGGCACGGCAGGGAGGGCGUGCCGCAUAACGGAUGCGCCCAGCCCGAUAGUGGCCCUGGGGGUGUAGGCAGCGCAGGCAGCGGCGCGCUUGCGCAUAAACAAGCGCUGUCUAUCGGAAAGCGCAUCCGAGAGGCCUUUCGGCAGUCUGCGCACAUAGGCUUUAUGAAGUUUCUCUCUAAUCUGGGGCCAGGCGUUGAAGCCAAGAAGGCUGCGCUGUGCGAGAUUGCGCAGAAUCCAGAACGCUACCGAUAUUUGGAAAGGCUUGGAGGCCCGAUAGGCCCGAUAGUCUUGCAGACCUUGCGCUUUAUUGAGCAGUGUUCGCCGCCCGAAUUCAGCCUUGCAUGCUUUGACAGCACUGCGCAACUCCCAACUUCUCCUUUCUCUUCGAGCGGAAAAGUUUUUUUUUCCCUGCACAGCUAUCUCGCAGAAAAAAGGAGAGAUAAAGGCCUAGCUGUUUGUAAAGGCCUAAAGCUCGGAAAAAGUCUGGGCAGUUUUUCUUCUGUGGUGGAGGCUUUCUUCCGGAUGCCCGGCGUGUUCAACGACAUUCUGUGCUUUGGAGGGAGCUCGGGCAUUGUGGUAAUGAAAAGCGAGUGCAAGAAGCCAAAGAACCUUAAGAGGCUGGAAAGGCUUACAUGUAUGCACAGAAAAAGGCGAAAAGACUUUUCGGGUUUUUUCUCGUGGUUUGAGUAUUUGCACUGCGUGGCAAAGAGCGUUUUAGAGCUGCAGGAAAAAAAAGGCGACACGAAUGUGGAAAGAAGGUUUAUGCGAAAUCUAGAAACCCUGCGCAGCCUUACGAACAGCAUUUCGUGCGCCUGGGUGCAUGGCCACUGCUUCGAGGGGGCAGACCUCGAGUUUAUAACGAUUUUCCAGGGGCUUUUGCUGAUGUACACGGCGUGCUCUGGCGUGAAAGAGGCCGCAGAAAUUGAAGGAGGGCCUUUGCUUUUUCCCAAAGAGGCGCACAGAAGCACAUUUCGGGUGGACCAAAGGGCGCGGAGGAUGUUCUACAGCGGCGUGCAAACAGAGCCAACCGACAGAUAUGCGGGUUUUGCAAAAGAGCUAAUAUUCAAAGAGCGUGAUCUGCACCACGUAUACUAUGUAGACAACGAGGAACAAGCGCGAAAGCCUGUUAUAAUCCCGCAGUGCUACGCCGAAGUAUCGUGUGCCGAGGUGGUAAAAUACAUUUCCGAGCUGUACGAAAAGCCGCAAAGCCACAUCCAUGUUUUUUUGAUGAACCUUUACACCCACGCGCUGGCAUACAAGGACGCAGAAAGCACGCCGUACUUCUGCCCCAAAGAAGGCGCUUCCGAGGUUCUAGUCUUCUACUACAUAGUGGAAAGCAUCUCCGAAGACACCGAGUACAUGCUUGUAGAGUUUAGGCCGGUGGAAGAAGAAAGCUCUGGGCCGGGCGCGGGGGUUGUGCGCCUGCCGCUGUUUCUCAACAGCCUAAUGAUCAACGCCUUAGCGAUAUCUAACUAUACGGUUCGCGAAAGCCAGGGCGGCAAGGGACACUCUGGAAAUAUGAAAAGCAUCCGCAAGAUGUGCAACGCCGUGCCGCAUGUUUUGGCGUGCACAAAGCAAGCUUCCCAAGAGCAGUAUCCGCUGGCCUCCAUCAGCAUGGGGCCGGCAAACACUCUGGACGUAGACAUGAGCUAUGCGCUUUCCUCUGUUCGGUUUUUUAGCCGCCCCUGCGCAAAGGGGUGCUUUUUUGUUUCGUAUUUGACCCGAAAGCCCGAGAAGGCGCCAUACCACCCCGUGUUUAUAGGCCGAAAUGCUAAGGCCCUGCUAAAGCAGAUUCUGUGCAGAGACCUGGCCGACGUCCAAGUAGAGUUGUUUGGUUUGGAAGACCUGUUUUGGCGCGUGUGGAAAGACAUCGCAGGGAAUGCGCGCCUGGAUCUGCUUGGGCGGCAGAAGAGCUGUCAGCUUGGCCUCCGCAGCAGGAUUCUGCGGAUUUUGAUGGAGUGA